GAGCGAGGUGUGUUGUGGGUAUUGAAGUCCUCCGAAAAGUGCGUCUUCAAACGCGUUUUAAUCGGAGUCAUGUUUUUAACCAACUCCUUUGCCACUCCGUUACUUUUUCUUUUAUGUAUGGUUUUAUUCCCUGUUACUGAUGCGGAAGAAUGCGAAGUGUGUGCGAAUUUCCUGGAGCGCCUUUACAACUCACUAGUUCUCCGGCAUACCGAGCUUUCCCCAGAGCUGGUGGAGGAGGGUCUCAUCAAAACAUGUGCUCAGGCUUCAGGGAAAGAGAACAGACUUUGUUAUUACCUCGGAGCCUCAAGUGAUGCAGCAGCCAAAGUGACAGGUGAGGUGAGCCGCCCCCUCAGUGCACACGUUCCUGUCCAGAAAAUCUGCCAAAGACUUCAACGCAGAGACAGCCAAAUCUGUGAGCUUAGAUACGAACAUCCGGUGCUGGACUGGAGCAGAGAUGUUUUGUCUAAAAUGCGAGUGCUGGAGCUGAAGCGAGUAUUGGCCUCAUGGGGUGAAGAGUGCAAAGCCUGUUUAGAGAAGAGUGAAUUUAUAGAUCUCAUCCAGGAGGUGGCCCCCAAACACAGCACAGCGCAGCACAGGACAUAUGCAGAGGAGCUCUGAGGGCCUCCUUGUGCAACUCCUUCACGUGCAGCUGCGCUCGGGGACGCUGAUGAUAUUGCACUGAGGUUCCUUAUAAUCCUAUUCAUAAUAAUUACGACUGGCCAAUGUGCAAUUUGUUCACAACCUCCCCAGUGUCUUAUACCUUUGUACUGCUGUAAGCAUUUUCUCCUGCAUGUCUAGAAUAUUAGUUUUCAUGAAUAAGAAGUUGCUACAGAGAUGGGACUGGAUUUCUUUUGGAAGGAAUGAGAAGUUGUUAGGCUGUAAGACCAGUUGCCUUUCACUUUGCCUUAUUUAGAUUCCUCAAAAUUGCUUGCAGCUGUAAAUAUAUAAGUAAAUAUUCAAGCCCAUAUUAUACCUCAAAACAAGAAAUGAUACCUACACUGCAAAAAAGGAUUUUCAAGAAU